AUGGACCCUGCAGAGACUGAGAGAUUUAAGCAGGCUCUUUCCACACAGGGAGCUCGUGUGGGGCAGCACGAACAAGCUCUGCAAGGAAUCAUGGAAUCCCUCCACAACCUUACUGCCGGUGUCACUCAGCUCAGCGGCCGCUUGGACCAGUCUUUCACCCAGCUCAAUGCUCUGACGGCUUCAGCUCCUGCGCCACCGCCUCCAGCUCCUGAUAUUCCAGUCAUUCAUCCCGUGAACCAUUCAUCCCCACCCCUGCUACACAAUGGUGUGUGGAUCCGAAGGGUCUUCGUCUCAGGGACCACGGAUACUGGUUUUGAGAAAGAGAGAUUUAACACAAUUCUCGAAAUGGAGCAACGUGAGUACAAUGACAUAAUCCAAUGGGACUUUCAUGAUUCAUUUUUCAACCUCACCUUGAAGCAGAUCCUCUUCCUGGAAUGGAUGGAACGAAACUCUCCAAACGCUCACUUCCUUCUGAAUGGUGACGAUGACGUCUUUGCCCACACAAACAACAUGGUCGAGUAUCUCCAAGGCCUAAAGGACAACGAUGGAAGCAAACACCUCUUUGCUGGUCAUCUGAUCUAUAACGUAGGGCCCAUAAGAGCAUCUUCGAGCAAAUACUAUAUCCCAGUGCAGGUGCAGGAGUCAAACUCAUAUCCCUCUUACUGUGGUGGUGGGGGCUUCCUCCUGUCUGGUUAUACAGCUAUGGUUAUAUACAAGAUGUUUCGGUCUAUUACCAUUCUUCCCAUUGACGAUGUUUACAUGGGGAUGUGUCUGGCCAAAGCAGGACUAAGUCCUGCUUCUCAUAUGGGCUUUAGGACUCUUGGACUGCGCUUGCCUUCAGCAAGUAGAGUACAGAGCGUAGAUCUAUAUGAUCCUUGUUAUUAUAGAGACCUCUUACUGAUACACAGAUUCUUAUCAGCUAGAAUGUAUUUCAUGUGGCAUAAACUAUCUGAUCUGAAUUUAAAAUGUGGACCUUGA